ACCACGUGAAAAUAAGCACAUUUUGCCGUGAUUGACUUCUUAGGUUUGAACAGUGGAAAAUUAUCAAAUCUAUGAUUUUCCUACGAAAUUCUGUCUGACAGUUUAUAAAUAUUGUACAUCUUGAGCAUACUUCAUGUAUCCAUCCCACAACAAUAGUUGUAAUUGUACGAAUCCUAUAAAUAAUGUCUCAACAAGUUCAUCCUCUCACCGAAAUGGCUGCGGUACACAAUCAUCGCCAAAAGUUAUACCUCGUAAUCAACAGAAUGUAGCUUCCACACAAGUAUAUCAGCAAAAUAAUUGGGAUUCAAAUAAAUCUGCUUCUACUGCGCUACCAACUUCCUAUAUACGGAGAUUAUAUAAAUUGGGUUCCAUAAAAAAUAAUGAUGAAAUGAGCAUGUUGAAUAGCAUCAAUACACAGGAUUGUAACGACAUUCAAAUCAGUAAUAAAAAUGAACUAAAUUUUCAAACUCCGAAAACCAAGAAGUUCGAUGAAGUCUACCUUUCAGUUAAUCGCAGAACACAACCGGGUAUUUCGGCAGCAAUUAAAUUAUUGUCACAAAAUCUGAAGCCGAAAAUAAAUCCUAAUAACGAAGUUAUUGAUGAUUCUAAUAGUAAUAGCAUUACUACCAAUAUUGUUACUACUAAUACGAAUACUAAGGGAAAUAAUCAGAAUAAAUUUUUCACUAAUGGCAAAAAUGACAAUUUAUCCACUAUGCUUCCUCAUUCAAGCGGAGGUGAAUACUUUUCUUGGAAGAAUAAACGAUACAGUUAUACUCCUACUUCUUUCACUAACCACAACUUUGGUAAUAAUAUCUGUAACAAUUAUAAUAACAUUUCAACAUCAAUACAAACUAUAAACAAUGAAGACACUGAUAAAUUAGCAAACAAUCCGCCUGGGAAAAUGAUGAAGGGUGAUUCAUCCACGUUGAUGAAACCAUCACUGCAUAAUAACAGUAAUAAUGAGAUAUAUUUGGCGAACAGUAAUUCACCUUGUACAACUAAUUUCAAUGACAAUAAAAAUAAUAUGUAUUCACCUUUAUGUACACGAAAGAGUAAUUACGAUACAUUAUUUAAACGUAGUUCCUCCACAUCUCCAUAUCGACCAUUACUAAAUUAUCGUCCAUCAUGGUUACUGUCAUCCAAUAAUAAAAUGUUAUCUAAUGAAACACUUUACAACAGUGAUGAUUAUCACAAUGAAUAUAUAACAUGUAAACCAAAAUAUUUAGAUUCGAAAAUUUCGAAUAAUAAUAUAAGUAAUAAAUAUCGUCCAUCAGAUUAUGGAACAGCAACUGGAACACAAACACCAAUGAUCGCAGUAACUUCGCAAAAUUUACAGGGUUCACUAACGACAUUAUCGUCAUCGGGUGGCAUCGGAAGUAAUAAUGCGACUAGAUAUUUGAAUAAAAAUGACCAUUUUUCACCUAGACCAAUUAAUGCUAAACCUUCAUUCCAUUCAAGACAGAAUAUUGAUGAUGUAAACAUGGAACAAAAUGAUGAGGAACAUCAUAAAUAUGGUAGAACAUAUUAUAUUACACGUCGACCACAAAUUAUACAAACAAAUUAUCAAAGAUAUUUACCUCAUGCAAUAAAUCAUGAACGUAUUCUUUCAUUCAAUAAUAUUUAUGAUGCUAGCACCUUGAUCGAUAACACUGUCACUACUGAUCAUGAUUCCGAUUUUACGAACAAAACAAUCAGUAAGAAAAUAAACAGAAUGCCAGAUGUUUUGAAACCGAAUUCAUAUCUAUCAAAUAGCACGUUAGCUUCGUACAAAAGAAAUUCAUCGUCUUUAAAUUCAUUACCAAAUGAAAUCGAUUCUUCACCUUCGUUAAUUCACUCUGAGUACGUCAAUGAUGAUCACCGCGUUAGCAGUAAUAAUAGUGAUAAAAUUGUUGCUAGCCGCAGUAUCUUCGACAACUACUCUCCGAUUUAUUAUCCAAAUAACCAGACUUUAUAUACUGCACGGCGUUAUUUUCAAGCUGAUCAAAGUCAACCAUCCCUACAAACAAAAUAUUCUUAUCACCAAGAUAAUCCAGAAUCUUUUCGAUCAUUCAGUGUUAGUCCAGAAAUAGGAAGUAGAAUUUCAGAAAGUAAGCCGAAACAAAUAACUUGUUAUUCUUAAACUAUUCUGUUUAUGCAAACUGUACCUUUUAAAUUUAAUUUGGUAAAUCAUUUAUAGUAAAUUUGAAUAUAAAUAUUGUCACACAUCAAGAUCACGCGUUACCCACCGUUACUCAAUGGUCACUAUAUGGUAAACUUUAUAAUCCAGUAUUCUGAAAUAUAUCCAAUGACAUCUGACCUCUUAAAAGUUACAUGCAGCUACUAAAGGUAUCUGAUCUUUAGUCAUUACACAAAGUUUAAAGAAACAACAUUUUUCUGAAUUUCGCUUCUAACCUGUACGAUAUAGCUCACGAUUCUAGUAAAAUAAUAACAUAAAAGUAUUCCAAAAGCCCUCAAAAAAUGUUUACUCCGGAUAAACUAUACACUUUUCCGAAACGUUCUGUACUCACACAUUUCACGAGUACGGCUCAUUCUUAUUUUACCUAGCAAUUCAACUGUUUUUGUGGAGCUAGUUAUAUUCGAAGCAUAAAUUAGCAAUUCAUCCGAAGAAUUUCCAAGAAUCAUUCUGCUUGGCUGAUUAAACAACAUGUGAUGUCCAUUAAAAGCUAUAUACUUAUUGAUUUAUUCUAUAGAGGGUAUAAGGAUGACACAAAUGAAGUUUUCGAAGUGAUCCGAUGUAUUUCACUAGAUUUAUCGCAUUUGUUAACGUACAUAUUCUGUACGUACAUCUGCUUGCAGGAGAAAUUUGUUUUACUGCUUUCUCCGUCUCCAAUAUUAACAAAACCAAUAUUAUUUUAAGUUACAAAUGACUUAUUAUUCCAACUUCUCAUUGAUGGCUAAAAUUUCUAAAAACUGUUUCGCCUUCUUACUUUUACAUAACUCCAAUGUUCUUCUCUUAAUUCUAAAAUAACUAUUAUUUACACCCAAAUUUCCAUCAAAAAUUUCUAAAUUUUCUUGUAAGAUAUUUUGUUAUCUGCCAAAGCCGUAACUGUCCGUUUCAAUUUAUUUUUUGAAUCUUAAUUAUGGUGUCCGCCUCAUCUUUUAAUUGCAUUGUCAAUCAUUCCUUACUGUUUUUGUAAUUAGGUACUAUUAUCUAUUUACUGUAGAAUCUAACAUCAGUCGAGAAAGAAAACAGCUUCAUUUCGUGAGUAACGAUCUCUUGCUUAUCUAAAUACGUCUUAUCGAAAUCAACAGGACUUUAUUUAUAUAGAGUUCAGUUUGCUCUAUAAUGCUGACUUUUAAUGUUUAUGGUGUUACCAUUAGUUCGUCGUGAUGUGUUACUAUAGAUACAAACAGAAAAUGUGAAAUGUUUACAACAUGUUUCCAUCAUGAUAAAUCCAACGUUUUCCUUUUUUAUAAUAUGAAUACUAGUAUUAUUACAAUUUUCUAAUUUGUUCAUAUUACACUUAAUUUGAUUAUGCUGAUUCGUUAGUUUACUGAGCACGGAUUUAGGCAUUUUUAUGAAUUCGUUCUCUAUUUAUAAAUAAUGAAUUUAAAAAUUGCUGUUGAGUUUGCCUAUGAUUCAAUUAACUGUAAUUUGUUUCUUAUACAUAAUACAAAAAAUAAUGUU